CGGACGUGACGUAAACACGUCUGGCGCUGAAUUGAUGACGCCACGCGCCUAGAAACGAACCUUCUGCGACAAAGUACACAGCGGCUGUAUUAUUCAACAAAGUUUCUCUUUCUUAGAGUUGCGAAUUGCGUUUUUACCACAUACGUGGCCCAAUAACACGGAUUUAUUUACAUUUUUAGCUUAGGAAUCAACAACUUCGGAUCAACAUGUCGUACAUGCUACCACAUCUCCACAACGGCUGGCAGGUCGACCAAGCCAUCCUGUCUGAGGAGGACCGAGUCCUGGUUAUCCGCUUCGGACACGAUUGGGACCCGACAUGUAUGAAGAUGGACGAAGUUCUUUACAGCAUCGCGGAAAAGGUUAAGAAUUUUGCAGUCAUUUACCUGGUGGACAUCACGGAAGUACCAGAUUUCAACAAGAUGUACGAGUUGUACGACCCCUGCACUGUCAUGUUCUUCUUCAGGAACAAACACAUCAUGAUUGAUUUGGGCACCGGUAACAACAACAAGAUCAACUGGACAAUGGAGGACAAGCAGGAGAUGAUAGACAUUAUUGAAACUGUGUAUCGAGGAGCAAGAAAAGGCCGAGGUCUGGUAGUGUCUCCCAAGGAUUACUCUACAAAAUACAGAUAUUGAUUCUUCUUUUACUUCUCUUCUCCUUUUUGUUGGAGUUCUUUUUUUUCCAUCCCUGCUGUUUUGGACAGAGACUACAAAUUUCAGAAGUCGAGGAUUUUCUUUUCCAGUAUUUUCAUUUUGCCAGUGAAAGAGGACAAUAUUGUUGUUAUUGGUUGUGUAUUUGUUACUUUGUGCCAUUUGGGGUUUUUGUGUGUGGGUAUCAGUUUAACGCGGUUCCUUAAUGAACUGAUUAUUGUGCUUUUUUUAAUUUUCUUGUGUGAAAUGAACUGAACAGAUCACACACAGUGUACACGGCCCAUAUAUUUAAAAGUUGUAAUAAACCUGGAUUUUUACUGAGA